GUAUAUGCUAUCAUAUGCAAUGAGAUUGCGAGAAGUAAUUCCCAAAGUAUCUAUCAAACCUAAGAGACCUUUCGGAAAAGAUGAACUGCGAUUACAGAAAGGAACAACUGUAAGGUAUUUAUUAAAACCGGGUGAAUUAGAAGGAGGACACAUGCAUAGAAAAACUGAUCCAUACUUCUCGUUGCAUAUUUAUAAAAUUGCAAAAGUUAUUGUUGGUAAGAAUCCACCACAACCUGUCUUAUAUUACCUAGAAGACCAGCCCAUUGAAUCUAUCGCUCAUUUGAUGG